CCCAUUAGUUGCUUACAAACAAAAGGAUACCGAUGCAGUUUAUAGCUGUAACCAGUAGAAGGCAGUGUAUCUUCCCAGAAAGGCCAAAGCAGUCCGUGUUUUUUUUUUUUUUGUUUUUCUUUUUGUUUGUUUGUUUAUUAAUCAACUGGGUACAGUUCCCCUUAUUUUGGGGUGUUUCAGAAACCCUUUUUAGAGAUCACCAAAUAUGACUACUAUAGUGUCUUGGAAACAGCAUUUUAACAACCAGGAAUCUGUGACGUGGCCCCUGAAAUCCUAAAGUUUCCCUGAACUUGUCCUGUCUGAGUUCAUUUUCAUGAUGUAGAUGAAAUAUUCGUUUUUCACAUCCUGAAAGGAACUUUUUACUCCCCCAAAGUUUUUCCUCUCAUAGAGUUUUUUUUGUUAGUUCUUUUCUUUAAUCGUUUUUUUUUCUUUAAGAGUUGUGUCUUUAAGAGUUGACAGUUUAAUGCUUCUGCACACCAUUUUUCAGCUAUGCCCCCCUAAACAUAAACUUUCAUAAAUUGCAAGAAGUCUUAUUUCAGAAAUUACUUUUUAAAAUGCGAAAUAUGUCAAACAUGUCCUUUUCAACUUGUAAUGCAUUUGCUCAUGUCUGAAAUCAACCUUAAAGCCAAAAAAAAGAGUCACUUUUCAAAAAAAAACAAACAACAUUGAAGAUCCUCUGAGGAACCCGGAUAAUAAAAGACGUUAAGGCUGUGAACGUUUAGCAGGAAGACGAGUAUACCCCCCUUUUUAUGUAUUCUUUGGUUUUGCUCCUUUUAAUUGAGUAAAUGUGAUAUUUGAAUUAAAAUCUUUCUUUAUGAUAACAUACAUUUUCAAAUGUUAAUUUCUUGUUGUUGUUUUUUUGUCUUUUGUUGAAUGUCCCCAUGUGCUCCGAUCAUAUAGUUUUUUGUUUUUCUGCAAAAAAGUGCGCCAUUAUCAGAGCUGCCUCAUAGAAAUAAAGCAGCACAAUUUAUGAUUAUGUGGAAAAUUCCUCUCUGAGCGCGUGGACGUGUGCUGUCUUGUUCCACAGGUGGACAUGUGGUCUCUUUAUUUAAUACAGUCGCCGCCCACCCAUACCCCCAACCCAUCUAAUAUGCAGUGCAUUGGAUCAAGUAGAUUAUCAACAGCCAAACAUAGCCUGAUGGUUCUGAGAGUAAAUCCUUCAGCCUCUCGUGUAAGAAGACGCGCUACUGCAAACAAUCCAAAAUGCAAUGCGCCAUCCUCCGGUAGACUGUCAUUCCUCCUCUUUUGGGGGGGUGGGGGAGCUGGCAGCAGCUGUAAGCUUAGAUUUGUUGUAUCUGCCGGGACUGCUGGGAGGACGUCGACUGCAGUGCACUGCGAUGCUUAGAGAAGCGUGUCUGCUUCAGAUGCACACUUGAGACUAUCAGCAUCCUCAGCAUCAGCAUCCGGAGCAGCAGGAGGAGCGGUAGCAGCCUGCGGUGCGGAAAGGAGCUGGGAGGUGGCGGUGGAGUUUCUGUGCGCAGCUCCAGUGGAGCACCGAGGUCUCUGCAGAGCUUUUUCACAGGGAAAACGUCUCCGCUACGUGACUCCAAAGCUGCCCUGGAUCUAUAAGGGAGGGGGGGGGGGGGUCUACCGCGGCACCCCACCCGUCUCGCUUGAGUUCGACUGCAGGCACGAGAAGCAAAACCGUGCCAUCCCCGCGCAGGAAGCACCGACAGAGCGCGGGUGACAGCCCCGCACCUCUGCGUCAAAAGGUCAUUGCAGUGAAAUGGAUCAGAAAACUAAGAGCAAAAACCAGCUAAAAGAUCAACAGCAGAGGCCUCUGCACAGAGGAAACCAACUCAUCUGAUCAGAGACCUGCAUGGGUUCUUUACAACAAAUCUCACCUGACACUGACAAAUGAAGCCAAAUUUUGAAGAACACUCUACUUGCUAAGAACCUCCUCCAGUUCUUUUUGAUUUUGGGUCUAUUGUUUUCAUAGCUACCCCCUUCACCAUUUGCACAUCAUGCGCCCUUCCCUCGCCACAGCGGUCCUGCCAGCCAGGACCCGUUCCCACAACCCACCCAACCUGGCCGUAGGAGGCCGCGAACAUCUUUCAGCCCCGCGAAGGCGCAGCCCUCACCUUCGACACACUCUCAGCCCAGACAACCUGCGGACAUUGGCAGAAAGGGGGGGUGCAGCUGUCGAUCCUACCUCAGUAGUCAGUAGUCCCGUUGGGCUCACCCGAGCCAACAGUGACACAGACUUAGUGAGCUCCCAGAGCCGGUCCUCACUGACUGCUUCCACUCUGGAGCACACUCUGAACCGAGGGCAGAACCUGGUCAUAUCCUGGGACAUUAAGGAGGAAGUGGACGCCACGGACUGGAUUGGAUUGUACCACAUUGAUGAAACCAGUCCUUCCAAUGUGUGGGAUUGUAAAAACAGAGGGGUUAAUGGAACCCAGAAGGGUCAGAUUGUGUGGCGACUGGAGCCUGGACCCUAUUUUAUGGAGCCUGAGACCAAAAUCUGUUUCAAGUAUUAUCAUGGAGUGAGUGGAGCGCUGAGAGCCACAACCCCCUGCAUCACUGUGAAGAAUCCAGCCGUUCUGAUGGAGGGUCUCGCAGAGCAGGUGGGCAUUGAUCAUCCUCGGAAACUGAUCAGCUUUACUUUGACAGAUCUGUGUGCCACUGGCUUGAAGAAAGGCAUGUUCUUCAAUCCUGACCCUUAUCUGAAGAUGUCCAUUCAUCCUGGUAAGAGGAGCAUCUUCCCAGUUUUUAGCCAUCAUGGACAGGAGCGACGGUCAGCUAUCAUUGCAAACACCACCAACCCUGUCUGGCAUGGAGAGAAAUACACGUUUGUGGCCCUGAUGACAGACAUCCUCUACAUCGAGGUGAAGGACAAGUUUGCAAAAAGCCGACCAAUCAUCAAACGGUUCCUUGGUCAGCUGACUAUUCCUGUACAGCGGCUCAUUGAAAAAAUACCUGGAGUCCAGCCGGUUACCUUCUCUCUGUGUCGACGGUUGCCUACAGAACAUGUGAGCGGGCAGCUGCAGUUCAAAGUUGAGCUAACCUCAACUGGACCCGAUGGUGCAUCUCCUGAUUCUAUAAUUGGCAUUUCAUCCUUGAAUGAAGCUCCUGGAACUCCAUCUGAUGAUGAGGACCUGCCCCAUCCUCUUCCGGUUGUGGUUUCCGCAGGCCCCUCUCCUACGGGUUCCCAAGCCAUGUGGGAGGGCGGCGCCACAGCCAGCCCUGAAAAAAGUCCAUCUGUUGUUGGUGCUGCUAGUAGAUUUGUGAACUCUGACCUUUUUGCAGGCCACGACUUCCUUCAGCGGUCGCUCAGUGAAGGCCUGGAUGCCAUUGAGGCUCCGAAAGGCCCAGGCGAAAGACCUCUGGGUGCUGCCUCCCCUAAAUUACAGUCAAGUUUCCCCACACACACAAGGCUGAGUGCCAUGUUGCAUAUAGAUUCAGAUGAGGAUGAGGAGAGGUCCGGGAUCCAUGACAUUGCUCCAGUACCAUUGUCCCCUCUUCUAAUGAAUGGAGAACCACCUGACUCUUGUUGCCAUGAUGAAGAUGACUUAUUUCAGCAAGUACCUGAACAGCUGGAGCAUUUAGUGUGUGAAGAGGAACCUGCGGGGGCAGCAGCUGAAGACUUGCAUCCUGAAGGAAACGAGGAGGCAGAUUUGGCCUUUGAGGAUGUUUUGGACACUGAAGUUUUCCUCGAGGUGGAGGAGGGUCCUUUCAUAGAGGUUUCACCUGAAACCGCUCCACCAGAGGCUAUAGAGGCUACAGAACAAGGCAGGGGCGAGGACCCUUCAUCCGAAAUUGACACCUGUUCAAUGGCAACAGCACCUCAGACUGUGUUCUCAUCAUCGGAGAGCUGUCCAGUCACACUAACCACGGCUACAGAGGCCAAUGAAGGUGCAGAGGCGGCAAUUGAUCCAGGGGGAAAUGCUCCUUCAAGCGCACUAUUGACCCGCCUACCUGUUAAUGACAAGCAUGGUGGGCAAGCGGCUGUGUCUGAAGCUGAAGGAGAUGCUCCUCGUGCCAGUGAGGAAGGUGAAGUUGAAGAGCUGAGUGUGAGGAGGCUGAGUCUGCAGGCCACAGGUGGUGUGGAUGAAGAACAAGAGGGGGAGGAGACAAAGACCCGUAAGGCAGUAACAACUGAUGAAUCACAACAAGCUACCACAGACGCGGACAGAGAUCAAGGAAGGCACGUCAACGGCCAUCCUGUCCGUUCCCUUCCCUCUGUGCGUCAUGACAUUCAUCGAUACCAGCGUGUGGACGAGCCUCUACCUCCCAACUGGGAGGCUCGGAUAGACAGCCACGGAAGGAUCUUCUUUGUAGACCACGUUAACAGGACCACAACGUGGCAGCGUCCCACCGGACCUCCUGCCCCGCAGGGUCUAACCCGCUCCAACUCCAUUCAGCAGAUGGAGCAGCUCAACCGCAGAUAUCAGAGCAUCAGGCGAACAAUAACUAACAGUAGUCGAUCAGAAGAAAGUUCCACUGAGUUGCCUCCUGAGCCCGACAAUGAGAUGAUGCCCCAUGCCAUUUCUGAAUACCGUCGAGACAGCUCAGUCACUCACUCGGGUGGACGCUCGCGUCUGUCCCUGCUGCUUCAGUCCCCCAGCGCCAAGUUCCUGUGCAGCCCUGACUUCUUUACCGUGCUGCAUUCAAACCCUAGUGCCUACCGCAUGUUUACAAGCAACACCUGUCUGAAGCACAUGAUCAGUAAGGUGCGCAGAGAUGCUCAUUACUUUGAGCGCUACCAGCACAACCGUGACCUCGUCACUUUCCUCAACAUGUUCGCCAACAAACAGCUAGAGCUUCCAAGGGGCUGGGAGAUGAAGCAUGACCACACUGGAAAGCCUUUCUUUGUGGAUCACAACUGUCGUUCCACAACCUUCAUUGAUCCCCGGCUGCCCCUCCAGAGCUCUAGGUCCACUGGGCUGCUGGCCCAUCGCCAGCAUCUUAGCCGCCAGCGUAGCCACAGUGCUGGAGAGUGCAUGCUUUUGUCACAGGUUGUCGAUGACUCUCGGCAAAGCGUCACGCCUGUAAUGCCACGCCCAUCUAGCACCUUCAGCGGCUCCAGCAGGAGUCAGUACCAUGAUGUUGUGCCAGUGGCUUACAAUGACAAGAUAGUGGCGUUUCUACGGCAACCAAACAUCCUUGAGAUUUUGCAGGAAAGGCAGCCUGAACUUGCAAGAAAUCAUUCACUCAAGGAGAAAGUGCAGUUUAUUCGCAGUGAAGGAGUCAAUGGACUGGCUCGUCUCUCCAGUGACGCUGACCUAGUCAUGCUUCUGAGCUUAUUCGAGGACGAGGUGAUGUCUUAUGUGCCGUCGUUGCUUCAUCCAGGUUACUGCAUUUCCUCCCCUCAAAGCUCUCCUGGUACCCAGCGAGCAAACGCUCGAGCACCUGCCCCUUACAAGAGAGAUUUUGAGGCGAAACUGAGGAAUUUCUAUCGGAAGCUGGAGACAAAAGGUUAUGGGCAGGGACCGGGGAAAGUCAAGUUAAUAAUACGACGAGACCACCUACUGGAAGACGCCUUCAACCAGAUCAUGUGUUACUCUCGGAAAGAUCUACAGAGGAGUAAACUCUACGUCAGCUUUGUGGGUGAAGAUGGGCUUGAUUACAGUGGACCCUCCAGAGAAUUUUUCUUCUUGGUGUCAAGAGAACUUUUCAACCCUUACUACGGACUGUUCGAGUACUCGGCCAAUGACACAUAUACUGUCCAGAUUAGCCCCAUGUCUGCAUUUGUCGACAACCACCACGAAUGGUUUCGUUUCAGUGGCCGGAUCCUGGGGUUGGCUCUCGUUCAUCAGUACCUGCUGGAUGCCUUCUUCACUCGGCCGUUCUACAAGGGUCUUCUCCGCAUCCCGUGUGACCUGAGUGACCUGGAGUUCCUGGAUGAGGAGUUCCACCAAAGCCUGCAGUGGAUGAAGGACAAUGACAUUGAGGACAUGCUGGACCUGACCUUCACUGUUAAUGAGGAAGUCUUUGGACAGAUCACUGAAAGAGAGCUGAAACCAGGAGGGGCUGGCGUUUCUGUUUCAGAGAAAAACAAAAAGGAGUACAUUGAGCGAAUGGUCAAGUGGAGAAUAGAAAGAGGAGUUGCUCAGCAGACAGAGAGCCUUGUCAGAGGCUUUUAUGAGGUGGUGGAUGUGCGACUGGUGUCUGUGUUUGAUGCCAGGGAGCUGGAGCUGGUCAUUGCAGGAACUGCUGAGAUUGACCUGGCAGACUGGAGGAACAACACGGAGUACAGAGGAGGUUACCAUGACAACCACAUAGUGAUUCGCUGGUUCUGGGCUGCUGUGGAGAGAUUCAACAAUGAGCAGAGGCUGCGGCUGCUGCAGUUUGUGACAGGUACAUCCAGCAUACCCUAUGAGGGUUUUGCCUCUCUGCGGGGCAGCAAUGGACCCCGCAGAUUCUGUGUGGAGAAGUGGGGAAAAAUCACCUCCCUACCUAGGGCUCACACUUGCUUUAACCGCCUGGACCUCCCACCUUACCCAUCCUUCUCCAUGCUCUACGAGAAGCUAGUAACUGCUGUAGAGGAAACAAGCACAUUUGGCUUGGAAUAACUCCAUAUCAGCUGGCAGGCGGGCUCACCCAAGAAGAGACAUUUAUUUGGAGUUGUCACUUAAGCCAGAAGCAGAAGACACGACAAAAAUCCUCAAGAGGCAACUACACCCCUCUCCAUCCCCUGUGGAUAACAGCUGUUAUUUUCCUGACCAGCUAUACAUCACUCAGCAUGCCGGCCUUGAGCUGACUCUACUCAUUUAUUUCUUGUGGUGAUGCUGAUCCACUGAACAAUAGAAAAUUAGGAGGAACAUUUGGAGGACUAUACAAUGUCAUGUCCUAUUUUUAUGUCAGUCUGUGUUCACUGAGCCACACGUGUGCUUUAUCUUUUCAGUUGAUGGCCUUUGUUACUGCACUUCUUGCACGUCCUCUGUUUCUUCCCCCUUUUCUCCUCCAACCCAUACCAGAGAUUCAGCUGCUCGAAAAAACAAAACAAAACACAAUAUUCCUUUGUUGGACCUUAAAACUGUGUCUGCCCUGCACGUCAGUGCCGUAAACUAUCACUCCCACUCAUCAUUGUGCAGUAUUUCCCCAGAGAUCAGUAAUCAGCAAGGACAGAUGAAACAUUUUAGACGAUAAAGUCGAGGUUAAGUGCUGUUUUCUGGAAAUGGAUACACUGAUGUGCACAUGUCACUCAUUCAAAGAUCAACGAUACACAGAUUUUCAUUGUUUUUGACUAGAAUGGACAAAGAGUGAGGACGUUUACAGACUGUGUUAGGGACCCUCAGUGAGAAUUCUAGCAGUUUCUGGUUAGGACUGUUAUCCUACAAGACUGAAGAGCUUUUACUACGGGGGAGAAAUGUAGUUUUGUUUCUGCAAAAACACCACACUCACACAUGUCACAAACUCACUUAACGCAAACAUGUCAAACAUACACAGCAGUUUGCUGCACUCUUAAUGGUUGGUUGUCGUCACUCAGACUCUCAGAGAAAUGCAGGACUCCUGUUUUGUAGAAGUUUCACAGCUUUCACCCUGAUUCACAGAGUAAUUUGGUCAGUGAAAGUGAUGAAUGCGGCAAAUCAGUGACUGAAUGGAUGACUCAGAGGAAAAUCUAUCACAAGUUGGAAAAGGAAGCCACAAAAGAGACACAAAAAAUUAGAAAAUUAGACCCAUCCCACCUGCUGACCUUAAGACAUGAAAGAGGUGUCACAGUCAUGCUUUCUCUGGUCUGAGUACAAUGGUUUAUUUUUUAUUUUAGGUGAGAUUCAGAUCAAUGUGUUGAAAAUAAAGGCACACCCGUUUAAAAAGACAUUCAUCAACAGAAGGGGGCAGCAGAAUAUCAACAGGGCGGCUGUCUUUUAUUAUGGAAUCCAACCAAGAAUCAGAAUGACCUGACAACAUGUGAAGCUGAUGUCGCUGGACAAUGUAGUUUAGAGUUUGUAACAUCUUUCUCCAAAACAUCUGGUUUUUUCACAGCCCAGCCCUACAACCCCUUUGACCCUCAAACACUGUUCUACACGCCAGCACACACAGACGCACUUGGUCAUUUUCUACAAGGUGCAUGUCAGAUUACUGUAUAGACACCUGUUGGAGUUAGACAAUGGGGGCUGGAUUAGUAAUUGGCGACCCCUUCGUGUGACGUGAGACAAAGGUGGCAGACUUUAGUGUCUCCCAUCCUGCUGGCCUAAUAAUGCAUGCAGGAACUGCUCAGUCGGCUCUGUGAGCUGUGCCUGGCAGAAACUCCUAGAUGGCAUUGUGCUAUAGCUUGAAAUUGCAUGUGGAAAUAGUGCAAAACACUAUCCUUACUAGCUUUUUUUGCAUGAGGAAACUGCGAUCCAUGGAGACAGUAAGAUGAUGGACUUUGUUGAGUUGUGGUUAUGCCGCUCACCUGAAGCACGCAGCCUUAUGCUUUCCUGACACUGUCAUACCUUUGCCGUUAAAGGGGAUAUUUCUUUAAUUUCACGUGGGUCCACAUGAGAUUUCUUUUAACUGCAGUAGACAGAGCUCAUACCAUUCAUUUUUCAAACUAGAGUGGAACAGAAACACCAAAUGGGUUUGAUCAAAUGCUGUUUAUAUGUUUUUAUUUAUUUAGCAAUGAGGCAUUGUAACAUAGUGCACAUGUUGCAGAACAGACUAUUUUGUUAAGAAAUGUUUUUAUAAAUAAAAAAAAAAAGAAAAAUAAUCCGUUUGGUGCAGAAAUCCUCAACAUUUAAAAAUCCACUGUGGAUUACUUCUUACAAGCAAAUUUGAUUUACUUGAAGAUGUUUUGCUGAAAUGAAAAUUUGCUCUUAUCAGGACCUCCUUUCUGAACUGCUUUUAUCCUAACUCCCUCUUAGUAAUUUUUUCAAUUCCUUUACCCAGCAUCAUUUAGAUGACUGUCUACUGCAGCUGAGACACCACCUGCUACUACAAAAACCGACUAAAGAACAUCAAUUAAUUUUGGUUGAAUUGCAGGAACUUUAUGAAUGUAAUAACAUUUAUGUCAAUGACAGUGUAUGGGUUAGCAGUUUGGCAGCAUGUUUCCAAAAUGUUGUUUUCACAUUGUUUGUCUGCUUAUCAGUGUGAUGUUGAUUGUUAUGGGUCAUUGCUUAUGAUCAAGUAACAAAUCAAAAGGGCAGUUCUGACGUAAGAGAGUUACGAGAGCACAUGUAUGUGUAUUAUGUGUGCAGUCCUGGUUGCUUUUUCUGUACAUAAAUGUAUGUGUAUGUUUGUCCGUUGUGUCCAUAAAUAUAUAUAUUUUGCACCGAAUGUACCAAAGGUUUGGGGCUUGCAAACUCAACCACAACACAGUCUAACAAACACAUCCCACCUGGCCUCUGCCAGAUCUUACAAAAGAAUUCAAUCACGUUUGCUUGACAGGCAGUUUUGCAGCAUGGACAACGAAGCUUUACUUAAAGAUGUACACCCUUUGGCCAGGUUAUCAUUCAUAGAAGCUGCUCCAUUGCAGAGGAAUAGUAAGACUUUGUUUCACAACCCAUAUGAACAAAGUUACUGUUGCUUCUGUCUCUUUUAGAACAUUUCAGAUAGGAUCCACCUCUUAGAAGUCCACUCUAUGCAAAGCUCUUGUAUGUGUCUCCAUUUCACUCCAAUGAUUGUAAUAAAACAGAACAAAUGGAACAUUUUGAUAAA